AUGGAAGGAUUAACGACACUAGUUAGAAAAUCGGUGUCUAUGGGGGACUUCAAACCUUUUAACUACGGAGUAGAGGAGAAGGUGGAUAUUUUACAAUUCGCGGAUGACACUAUCAUUCUAGCCGAACCGUCUAGUGAUAAUCUUUGGUGUUUGAAAGCUUUGUUGAGAGGUUUCGAGUUUGUUUCGCGGUUGAAAACUAAUUUCUCCAAAAGUUACGCUUGUGGUGUUAAUAUUGGUGAUUGGUUUAUGAACUCCGCAACUUCUUUUCUCGCUUGUAAAAAAGGAGAUAUUUCGUUCUUAUUCUUAGAAAUCUUGGUGGGUGCGAAUCCUAGAAGGAGGAAGGUGUGGGUUAAGGUGAUUAAUAACAUCAAAGGUAGAGUUUCCUCUUGGAAAGGUAGAAAUAUAUCGAUUGGUGGUAGAGUGACGCUCAUUAACGAGCAUUCAUUGGGAGAUAAAGGAGGUUUAGGCAUUAGAGAUGUGAGGGAGAUUAAUAAAGAGCUUCUUCUUAAGUGGAAAUGGAGGAUCCUAAAGGAGGAUAAGGCUAUUUGGAGUAAUUUCUUGGAUUUGAGAUACAUCGGAUCGAAACUUAAAGUGCAAAAGUCUAGAGGGGUAAUUUUUAAUCCAAAAGAUUCCAUUUGGUGGAGGGAUGUUAUAUCCAAUGAUGUUAAAGUGGAUUUUAAUGAUGAAGGUUUCUUGAGUGGUGUUCAAUGCUUUUUAAAAGAAGGUAAUCACAUUCUGUUUUGGUAUAGCCAUUGGUUGGAUGAUCAAAACCUUUGUUCUCAGUUUCCGGAUUUAUAUGAAUUCUCUACCAACAAACUUUGUACAGUUUUUGCUGCUUUCUCUCGGGACAAUGAUGCAACAUUUUGGCAUUCUAGCUGUAUCAAUGGUGUAGAAAACUGUGUUUUUUCCUCUACAGCCAGCGGUUCCGUCAAGGCACAGUGGCAGCAGCUCUUCUGCCUGCUAUGUGCGGUCAGACCGGUGCGGGACGAGAGGGAUAAUUUCGUGUGGAGUCAAAGCUUAGACGGUGAAUUCUCGGUCGCAAGCGUGUGA